GCCACGCGUAAGAUGGCGAUGACAGCUCUCCGUGUCUUACUGGGCUGCUAGGUCUGGGGGUGUGUCCGGGACGGGCCCCUCAGCAUGGCCCCAAGGUACCGAACUUUACACGUGGUGCUACGGCUGCUUCCACCUUCGCCUGGCCCCAAACGAUCCAGGAGCCUCAGUACCCAGACUGCCCCGGCUGUCAGAAUGGAGUAUCAGGAUGCGAUCCGCACCCUAAACACCCUGCAGACAAAUGCCAAUUACCUGGACCAGGUCAAGAGGCAGCGGUAUGAUCCAGCAGAACAGUUACAGAUGAUGCGGCAGUUCCUGGAGAGGAGCGGCUUGCAGGUGGAAGACUUGGAUAAGUUGAACAUUAUACAUGUCACUGGAACUAAAGGCAAGGGGUCCACGUGUGCUUUCACGGAGCAGAUUUUACGCAACUACGGUCUGAAAACUGGAUUCUACAGCUCCCCGCACUUGGUACAAGUGAGAGAGAGAAUCCGGAUCAAUGGGCAGCCAAUCAGCAAAGAGCUUUUCAGCAAAUACUUCUGGCAGGUGUACAAUCGCUUGGAAGAAACCAAUGAUGAAGAGAACCCCUCCAUGCCACCUUACUUCCGCUUCCUGACCAUCAUGGCUUUCCACAUCUUCCUCGAGCAGAAGGUAGACCUUGCUGUGCUGGAAGUUGGCAUUGGUGGUGCAUAUGACUGUACCAAUAUUAUCAGGAACCCAGUGGUUUGCGGUGUCUCAACACUGGAUAUCGACCACACGAGUAUCUUGGGAGACACGAUUGAGAAAAUUGCUUGGCAGAAGGGGGGAAUAUUUAAGCCAGGUGUCCCUGCAUUCACAGUCUACCAACCUACUGGACCACUGGAGGUUCUAAGAAAAAGAGCAGAGGAGAUUGAGUGCCCCCUCUACAUGAGUCCUGACCUUGCAGAGUACGAGGAUGAGGGCAUCACCCUAAAGCUGGGUCUGAAAGGGGAUCAUCAGAAACUUAAUGCAGCAUUGGCAUUACAGUUGGCACAGACAUGGCUUCAGCGCCAAGGCUAUCCAGGUUUUGGGGAACAAAAGAGUCCAAGCUGCCACCUUCCCCCAAUGAAAUGGCCUUUUCCUUUGGCGUCUGCCUUCCGCCCCAGUAUCCCCAUGGUGCAAGGGCUGCAGGAUACCAUUUGGCUGGGGAGGACACAGGUCUUAAAGCGGGGCCCAAUUUCCUACUAUAUAGAUGGGGCCCAUACCAGUAGCAGCAUAAAGGCCUGCAUCAGGUGGUUCAGAGAGGUGGCGCUUAAAGAAGAAAAGGCUGGAGGAGGUUCUGUGGUUCGGGUUCUGCUGUUUAAUGCCACGGGAGAGAGGGACAUGGCUGCCUUACUUAAGCUUCUGCAGCCCUGCCAUUUUGACUAUGCUGUGUUCUGCCCAAACAUCUGCGAAGUGUCUGGAGUGGGAAUGGCAGAUCAGCAAAAUUUCAACGUAACCCUGGAGAAUGUCCUGACCCGAUGCCUGGAGAACCAAAAGAUGUGGAAUCAGCUGAAUGAGGAACGCAGCUGUUCCACUCCAUGGAGUUCUGCCCUGCCUGUAGAUGCCCUCAUUAAAGACAGCCCACGUGGCUCUCCACUGCUUCUUACCCCUUCCUCUGAGCGCUUUUUGAACUGCAAUUCCUUAGUGUUCCCUUGUAUCUCUCAUGCCCUGCAGUGGGCAACCCAAGGAAGAGAUAAGGAAUUCCCAUGCCUGGACAUUAACCUGCUCCACCACCACCCUGUCGCCAGCUCUGGGUCGGUACUAUUGAGAGAAGCAGCACGGGUCCAAGUUCUUGUUACUGGGAGCCUGCACCUUGUAGGGGGAGCCCUGAAACUGCUCGACCAAUCCCUGUCCCAGUAGUGCCAUGGCAAUUCUUAAAGCAUUUUUACUUGAAUGAAAGGGCUUCUCCCCACUGCUUGUUAACUCUUUAACUACCAGAGGCCUCUGUGAUGCGUUUUUAGCAUCUAAUCUGUAAUUUUUUUUUUCUGAAAUUGUUUAACACCUGUGGUGCUACAGCCCCCACCCCUGCCGCCAUGUAGUUGCAUGUCUGUCUAACGCUGCUAUUUCCCAACAGUCCUGAUGCGGGUGCCUUGUUCUACAAUAGUGAGAAGUACCUGGGUACUGGGUUUUUUGUUUCUUUUUCUUUUUUUAGUUUUACAAACUGCCCAAUAUAUUUAUUGCUUUAUUCCUAUUUAUUAAUUUGGUGUAAUGAUGCAGAAUGUCCAGUAGAGGGCUGCUUAAGCAGCUGGCCACAGCCCAUCGGGAUUCAGUAUGCACGGUUCCUUAUUCAGAUUGCUCUGUAGCAAUAAAACCACAUGUUUUGUUUCUUCUUUUUUUAUAA